AUGCCCAGGUCAGACUGCGUGUUUUGUGAGAGUAGCAAUACGCGAGGAAAACUGUUGAAAUGUCUUCACUCGAUUUGCGUGGAAUGCUUGGAGAAGCAUACCAAUGAUAAUAGUUCAGUAGGAUGUCCUGGCUGUGGCGCGAUCACUCCACCGCCGUUGGCUGGUGUUCCUUUGCUGCAGUACCUGCCAGACAGUGAUGUGUUGUCCGGCGAUGCAGGUGAGGCUACUGCCAUAAUGCAAAAUAAACUGUGCGAUGAAUGUGCUGAGGAUACUGUAGCAGUGGCUAUUUGCAUGGACUGUGGUGACCAUUUCUGCACUGACCAUGCCAAAGGACACCCAAAAUCUCGCAAAUCAUACAGGCACAAGGUCGUGCCACUUAGUGAGGCUGAUUCAUCUUCUCCUAGCGCACGAAGACCCACUCCCGGGUCAAAGUGUGCACUGCAUCCAUCGUCUGAGCAAUCACACUUCUGCAUGGUUUGUCGAAAGAUCCUCUGUGACAAAUGCCUUGAAGCGUCUAAUCGCCAUGACCAGCAUCGCCAGGAUUUGCUACCCAUUGAGCAAGCUGUUUCCACAAUCAGAGACUCGCUCAUUGCAAAGAUGACGGCCUCUUUCUCUGGUGAAGGAAGUGAACUGGAGAGUGCAUUGGCUACAACGGACAAGGCACUCUCGCAGCUGCAUGACCAAACUGAAACUGUGUCGUCGGAAAUCAAUGACUUCUUCACUCAGUUGAAGACAGUCAUUGAUAAGCGAUAG